AUGAUUGCCACAGCCGUUGCAUGGUCUGUCGUGGCUCUGGUCGUCUAUAUUUGCAAGCCAGACUACCGAGCUUGGCUCUCCCUCCUCGAGCCACCCUUGGAACUGGGGUCCUUCAUGGCUAUUGUGGGGCAUGUUUUACUGUUCUGCUUGUUGUGCAUUUCAAGUCUACAUUGUAUCAUGGUUUACGGCGCACUGGACAUGUCGAUUCACCUGACAGCACUAAUCACUAUGAUCCCGGCCCUCGAGUUCAUUUGGGCACAUAAAACCCCGUUUCCGCCGGCACCAGCAUCUACAACAACGUUGUCCGUUUUCCUCGUCUUUUUCGGGCGCUGGAGUUACCAUCGUAUUCAACAAGCACUGGGCGCAACGUAUAUAAUGAGAUCCUCACACCAGGCACUCUUAUUCAUCUUCCUGUGUAUUCUCCUAUUCCCGGCUUGGUCGAAGAAAGGCUACGUUCACUUCCACCCAAUCGACAUGCUGAUUUACGACGCAAAAAUCCACCACGACAAAUAUCUGAUGACUUUGGGCAAUACCACCUCACUUGCCGACACAGUUGCCCGGUACAAAGAGAAAUAUAACUGUAACCCUCCCCCGGGGUUUGAUGUGUGGUUUGACUAUGCAAAGAAUAGGUCUGCGCUUAUUGUGGACGAGUUUGACCAGAUCUAUGAAGAUCUGUUGCCAUUUCGAGCAAUACCACCCGCUGAUUUGAGAAGGCAGACUUGGGAAAUGGUCUCGAACCCUUGGAACGAGAUAUCAGGCAUCACCAUUCGGAACGGAAAAGCGUCGGUUCAGGAAAAUGUCAUUCCUACACAUCGAUGGAUGCUCGAGGGCGUUGCGGUCCUGAUCAACAGCUUUGCGCGACAUCUUCCCGACAUGGAUCUAGCCUUCAAUUUGAACGAUGAGUCAAGAGUUGCUGUACCGUAUACCGACAUCAAAUUCUUGCGAGAGAAGGGUGGAUCGGAAGCUAAAAGCGGUGGCUCAAGUUGGUCGAAUGAUCGCGCUGCAGGCUGGCUCCCAAUUCCGGAGCAUGAAUUUACUGAAACGGUCUUUCGCGACAUGUCUUUCCGCAAUACCUUUCGCAAGUACGGCUCAGUGGGAUGCAAUCCCUCCUCCCCGGCCAGACGUUAUCCGCAUAUUUCAUCUCAGGCGCACAUCUGUGGCUCCUGUGUGUCGCCCCACUCCCUUGGUCAAUUUGUGGCCAACUGGUCUGAGGCAGCAGACAUAUGCCACCAGCCUGACAUGGCCUCUCUUCAUGGAUUCUACAUGUCUCCUGCGGCAUUCAAAACGUCCUAUCAGUUAAUGCCAGUCUUUUCGCAGUCUAAGCCCCAUGGCUACAACGACAUCCUCUAUCCCUCCGCCUGGAACUACAUGGACAAAGUGGCCUAUGCCCCCACUGAAGAGAGUGGAACUCCUGGGCAAGCUGAUUACCGUCCUGGCUUUCCAGACCCUCCCUUCGAGCAGAAAGAAAACGUCCUGUUUUGGCGAGGAGCCACUUCAGAAGGUGUUUCUUCAGGGAACCGUGUCUGGCGUGGCAUGACUCGUCAACGUCUUGUCCAUAUGGCGAACAACCUCACCACCUCACCUCACGACCGUUUUGCCAUCCUCCUGCCCAAUCCAUCCGACCACGCAAAGUACAAGUACCAAGUCCUGCCGGGGCCGGCCGUCAAGGAGCUAGGCCUAAAGACUGACAUUGCAAUUGUCGAUCGCAUCGCCCGCUGUGGGGGUGUUGGACUGCACGACUGUCAUGAUCAAGAAGCCGAGUUCGACCUGGUACGGCCGUCUGAUUUCCAAGCUCACUGGCGUUACAGGUUUCUUUUCGACCUUGACGGGGCAGGUUUCUCGGGCCGUUUCCUGCCGUUCCUCCAGUCCCGCUCUCUCCCGUUCAAAACCGCCCUUUUCCGGGAAUGGUACGACUCCCGCCUCACAGCGUGGCUGCAUUUCGUGCCCCAAGAUACCAGGCUGCACGGCGUGUGGAGCACACUUGCUUAUUUUGCCGGCAUCAACGGGACCAUGUUUGGCCAGGAUAUCUGGUGGAGACCGCAUAUCAAAGAAGCUGAAAUCAUUGCCGAAGCCGGAAGAGACUGGGCGGGCAAAGUCCUCCGCAAAGAGGACAUGGAGUUGUAUUUCUUCCGCCUGUUACUCGAGUGGGCCCGCCUGACGGACGAUAGAAGGGACUCGCUAGGAUUUGAUCUUUAA